AUGUCAGACGACGAGUCCGCCGUUGAGAGUGAGGAAGAUCUCGAAGAUCUUUUUCGCAAGCGCAGAUGUACAGACAUCCCGUGUUGCUUGCUCUUUGUGCUGGCACUGAUUGCCUUGGUCGCCAUGCUGGUCUACGGGGCCAUGUAUGGGAAUGCAAGGAAGCUAAAUCACGGGUUUGAUGGCAGGGGGCGCCAGUGUGGCGUGGAUCCCGACGUUAUCGAAAGGCCGCUGCUUUUCUUCUGUCCUGUGGUGACAUCCUCGGGAGAGCACUCCGUGAACCUGGACGACCCGGUCUGCGUCUCCCAGUGCCCAAGUCCCGGAGCCUACGUGGCGGCGGCCAAUGCCGGCUGCGCCCUUCCGGAGGCCUACCCGACGAGCCAGGUCGGCAGCCGCUACUGCCUUCCUUCAGGGUCUACCGAAGCAGUCGCGAGACGAAAGGUUGAAAAGGGCAUGAGGGACACUGCAACGGAGGUCUUCACUGUGCUCGAUCGCAUUGGAAAGGCGUGGCCGGUCCUGCUGCUGGCAGUGUUGCUUGCUUGCGCGAUGGGGUACAUCUUCCUUUUCAUGUUGAAGACCGUCGCCGGCUGCAUCAUUUGGUUUUGCGCGCUGGUGGGUCUCGCUGCUUUCCUCCUGCUCGGUGCCUUCCUUUGGGCACAAUCAGAGGAUGCCAUGGAGAUGGCGACGACGUACAAAGUGUUGGCCGUGAUUUCCUGGGUCGCGAGCGUCCUCGUGGCUCUGCUCAUCUGCUGUUGCCGCCAGGAAGUCAAAUUGUCCACCAAGUGCAUGGGGCAAGCCGCUGUCGUGAUUUGGCGAAUGCCUAUUCUUCUCCUCUCUCCGCUCCUCAAGGCCAUCAUCAAGACGGUGCUCUUCCUCCUGCUGGCAGUUGGUUUCAUCCACCUCCUGGCCACAGGUGAAGUUUCUGGUGUCGGCCGCGAACAUCACGUGGAUUUUUCGGGUCCGCAAAAAGCUCUGUUAGUCCUGUAUGCCUUCAUCUCCUUGUGGGUGCUGGCAUACGUCAGCGCUCUGUAUCAGUUCUCCAUCGCCUUUGCAACAGCGAAGUACUUCUGCGCCAACAUUGAGAACGGUCGCAAGACUGUUGCCGCCUGCAGCGUCUGCGAGGGAGUCCGUGUGGGGCUUUGGUAUCAUUCUGGAUCGCUGGCUUUCGGCUCCGCUCUGAUUGCGCUCUUGGAGUUGCUACAAAGACUGCUCGAAUUUGUGGAGAAGAAGAGCAUGGAGGGCGGCGAAAUGAACAAAGUGAUCACCUGUUGCAUUUCAACUGUUCUUUGUUGUUGCCGGUGUCUCGAGGGAAUCAUCCAGUUUGUGAACAAGAAUGUGUAUAUCGACAUCGCCUUGACCUCUAAAAACUUUUGCGCAGCACUGCAAAGUAUUGCCAAGAUCAUGAUUGACCACGGUGCAGCCAUGGCUAUCCUCAACGGUGCCACGUGCAUCUUCCAGGUUGUGGGCAUGGCCGCCAUCACCGCAUCAUGCGGGCUCCUUUCUGCGUGGCUGCUUUCGUCUGAGAAGUACGAAAGCGUCACAAGCACCUCGUAUAUUCCAAAUCCGGGUUAUGCCGUUGCGCUUUCGGCUAUUCUGGCCUUCCUCGUGGCUUGGUCCUUCAUGGCCAUUUUCGACGUGACUUCUGACACACUGCUGAUAUGUUUCGCCGAAGACAUGACGCAAAGCGGCGGUGCAAGGCAUGGCAAGCACAACCAGGAUUUGAAGGCCAUCUACGAGGAGGCAGAGGAACGUGCCAGAGAAAUGCAAGGCGACCCAGCCUCCUCCGACGAUGGGCAUCCCCAUCCACCGUACCGCUACGCGCGUGGGAAAUGA